AUGGAUAGACAUUUGGCAACAUGGGUCGGCGCAGGUUUGAUAUCUGGAUUUGCUAUUGGGUAUUACGCUAAUAGAUCAUACAUGGCUCGUUAUUUAACUCAAGAAAACUAUACGGAAAUGUAUAACCGCUCAACACCGCUAGGUUUUACAAUCGAUCAAACAAUUCAAAUUGGAGUUGAUAACCCUUCUAAAAAAGGCUGUGGAAUUUUGGCAGGUGAUGAAUACUGCUACGACGUUUUUAAUAUGGUUUUUGAUCCUGUCAUUAAUGAACGGCACGAGGAAUUUAGGCGAAGAGACUACACUGCGCAAAAACAAUUAAUAAAUUUAUCAAAUAAAGAAUUACAAUUUGACUCAAAGUACGUGAAAUCUACUUAUUUUUUGAUCUCCAGAUGUCUGCAUGGGUUCAGAUUCCCUGCAUCUUGCAGUCGAGCAGAGAGGAAUGUUAUAGAAUUGCAUUUAAAGACUGCCCUGUUAGCAUUAACAGGAAGUAACACAGGUACUUACAUUCAUUUAACUGAUAUGACAAGCAAAGUAAAAGCAUCUUUACCAGAUAUAUUACAAACUGCCUCAAAUAUUAUUUUUGACCGCAAGUUAUCAUCACGUGGGACGUUUCAUGACUGGCCUAGUGGUAGAGGCGUUUUCUAUAACUCCCAGCAUAGUUUAUUGGCUUGGAUAAAUUUUGAAGACCAUUUGCGUUUAAUGUAUUGCAGCGAAGAGCUAAAUUUUUUGGAAUCAUACAAAAAAUUUCAAUCUGCAAUGGUUGAACUUGAAGCUAAUUUGUUACAAAAGAAUUUAAAAUUUGCUUAUCAUUGUGACUAUGGAUAUUUGGUAUCAUGUCCGAGUGGUAUCGGAACUGCAUUAAGAGCAACAGUAUCAGUUGAUCUGCCAAAUACAAUUAGACACGAGAGAUUUCAUGAAAUAGCAGAAAACUUACGUUUACAUCUUGGAGCUAAAGAUCAAGAUGCAUUAAAAAAGGGAUGGCUGGAUGUGUAUAACAAAGACAGACUUGGUUUUACAGAGGAGGAGUUACUUUAUCAAGUUGCAGACGCUGUUUUAAAGUUAUGUGAAAUUGAAACACGCUUGGAAGCAGACAAUUCGUUAAUUGAUGUGAUGUCGUAUAAAAGUAUAUUUGAUGAACUUAAAACUAAUAAUUAAAAGAUAUUUGAUUUAUUUUGGCAAAAUCACAACCAAUUAGCGUUUUGGUGUAUUUGGCAAAUAAGAGAUCAAAUAUUUUUAUUUGUUCAAUUAAGUGUCCGAAUAAAAAGAACGCAAAA